CCAGACGGGAGGGAGGGAAAGAAGGAGGCCUGGCCUUCGCGUCUCUGGCUCACUACACAGCCCCUUGGUCUCCUGGCCUCUUCCCGCCCCUUCAGCGAGCUGAGCAGCCUGCUCUGCAAGGGAAGCGCCGGCUCGCCAUGGGGAGCCUGGGACUCAGGCCCUUGCUCUUGCUGCCUCAAGGGCUGCUGCUACUGCUGCUGCUGUGCGUCCCGCCCAGCCAGGGCUUCCCAGGAUCUGGAGACUCACCACUAGAAGACGAUGGAGUCUGGUAUUCACACUCUCUGUAUAAAGACACGCCAUGGUGCUCGCCCAUCAAGGUGAAGUAUGGGGAUGUGUACUGCAGGGCCCCUCCAGGGGGAUACUACAAAACAGCCUUGGGGACCAGGUGUGACAUUCGCUGCAGGAAGGGCUACGAGCUUCAGGGUUCUUCCCAGCUCAUCUGCCAGUCAAACAAGCGCUGGUCGGAUAAGGUCAUCUGCAAACAAAAACGAUGCCCUACCCUUGCCAUGCCAGCAAAUGGAGGGUUCAAGUGUGUUGAUGGUGCCUACUUUAACUCUCGGUGUGAGUACUAUUGUUCGCCAGGAUACACAUUGAAAGGGGAACGGACAGUCACAUGUAUGGACAACAAAGCCUGGAGUGGCCGACCAGCCUCCUGUGUGGAUAUGGAACCUCCUAGAAUCAAGUGCCCAAGUGUGAAAGAACGUAUUGCUGAACCAAAUAAGCUAACAGUGCGGGUGUCCUGGGAAACCCCAGAGGGAAGAGAUACAGCAGAUGGCAUUCUUACUGAUGUUAUUCUAAAAGGCCUCCCUCCAGGCUCGAAUUUUCCAGAAGGAGACCACAAGAUUGAAUACACAGUCUAUGACAGAGCUGAGAACAAGGGCACCUGCAAGUUUCGAGUUAAAGUAAGAGUCAGACGCUGCGGCAAACUCACUGCCCCAGAGAAUGGUUACAUGAAGUGUUCCAGCGAUGGUGAUAACUAUGGAGCUACUUGUGAAUUCUCCUGUAUCGGUGGCUAUGAACUUCAGGGUAGUCCUGCCCGAGUAUGCCAGUCCAAUCUGGCUUGGUCUGGCACAGAGCCCACCUGUGCAGCAAUGAAUGUCAAUGUUGGUGUCAGAACAGCAGCCAUGCUUCUGGAUCAGUUUUAUGAGAAAAGGAGACUCCUCAUUGUGUCCACACCUACAGCUCGAAAUCUCCUCUACAGACUGCAGCUGGGAAUGCUGCAGCAAGCACAGUGUGGCCUGGAUCUUCGACAUGUCACCGUGGUGGAGCUGGUAGGAGUGUUCCCAACCCUCAUCGGCAGGAUCAGAGCAAAGAUCCUGCCGCCAGCUCUAGCGCUGCAGCUCAGGCUGUUGCUUCGAAUCCCACUCUAUUCCUUCAGCAUGGUACUAGUGGAUAAGCAUGGCAUGGACAAAGAACGCUAUGUCUCCCUAGUGACACCCAUGGCUCUCUUCAACCUCAUUGACACUUUCCCCCUGAGAAAAGAAGAGAUGAUCCUACAAGCUGAGAUGGGCCAGACUUGCAACACCUGAUGGGAUGUUACAUUCUUGGCGGUUCCUCAUCUCUUUUUACAUAGUGCUGUACCUUACAUAGUGCCCUUUACCUGGGAAGGCCUUAAAAAUAUUCUUGAUGUACAGAUUUUCAUUUGUAAUUUUAAAAGUCUAUUUUAUUAUAUGCUUUCUUUGCCCUUAAAAAUUGACAUAAUCUUUUUAAACUUUGAAAUGUUUCAAAAUAUAUGACUAUAUCUACUCUUUCUAACCCCCCCUUUAGUCCUUUGUGGCUGGUUAACUCUAUAAUUAGAAAUUACAACCACACACAUGCUCUCAGCAUAUUAUUCAUUGUGAAACACACUUUUCUUUCCUUUUUUUUUAUAUAAGACUUUUGUUAAUAAAAUGUUUUGACGCAAACUUACUAAAAUUCACUUUUUAAAAAAUAAAUCAAGCAUCAGGCCUACUUGCUUCAUGUGAUAGGUAGUUUUAAAACUGUGAUUUUUUUUGUUUAUCUUAAGACAGGGAAACUGUAGUCCUGGCAAGGGAUCAAGUGAGGUGGGAGAGAGAGCUAAGGCCCUAAUAUAUUAAUCCAAAAAUCAAAAAACUAAACCUUUAACUUCUUAUAGCUAAUGGUGUGAGAUCCUACAGCUAGAGAAAGUAUUGACUCCUCUUACUCCAUUUUCCUGUGCAACAAUGUAUUUACCUUGUAUGAGGAACUGUAAGUAAUCCAGAGCUGAUUUAAAGCAUACAGGAAGAUACACAUAGGUUAUAGGCAACCAUAAUGAGGUUUUAUAUAAACAGUUAGAUAUCCACAGAUUGGGCGAUCCUUGAGUGUCCUGUAACCAUUCACUUCUGUGGUCUGUGUAUGAAGGACAGAUGGAUCUCGGUGGAUCUUGGUGGAUCUUGGUGAUGGUUGAUGGAUGAAGCCUCAAACAAUGGACUUAUCAGUAAUAUAGAUGCUGGAGUCAGGUUGAAAUUUAGUAGUGGAAAAGUACUUUCUCAAAGUCCUGAGAAAUGUCUUCAAAGGCUCCCCCAUUUCCUCCUACUCUCAAUAAAAGAUCUUAUCAGAGAUGCUCGAAGUAUCCUCCUCCUCAAUGGACAUGCUAUCAAUGAGAGAGAAAUAUC